CGCGCGACGCGAAACUACAAUUCGCAUUCUUACUCCUGAUUACUCAUUUCUUCCAUCUGAUCAAGACAUUCGACUCCACGUUCCAUUCUCACUUUACUAGCUUUCCGCCCUUAUAAAUCCACGACACCAACAAUGCUCUUUCGCUGUACCCACGCCUUGAGAUCUGUAACGAUGUCUUCGACUCUCGCGGGUCAAUCUGGCCGCCUAUAUAUACGUGAUAAGCUACUACAGGCUCAUCCCAAUCGACCAGAACUUGAUUUAUAUCGUGCAUCUUCUGGCAACAAACAAUAUGUCUUGAAACGCGUAUCCCAUUCAAUCUUUUGCCUUCUGAAAGAAGUCAAAGAGAUAUUCAGUGGAAAUCCUCACUUGCGACUGCACAUCGAUCAUAACGACAAGGAGCAGAUCCUCGUCUACGAGUACUUCCGAAUCGAUCUGCUCACGUUAGUCAAGAACUGCCCAGAAAUGUCCGUUCAAUCAAGAAAAUCAAUUCUUCAAGACGUUGGCCUAGCUCUUUAUGAUAUGCAUUCGAAGGACUGGAUACACUUGGAUGUAAAACCAAAUAAUGUCAUGGUCGAAUGUGAUCUAGAUGGAAGGGCGUCUGUCUGGAAGCUACAAAAGGUGGCAUUAGGUGACAUGGAUUGCGCUUUAAAGUUGGGCGACGAGAAAACUCUCGACGCCAUGAUCGGCAAUGUCAUGUGGCGUAGUCCCGAAGGGCAGAUAGGCAAGGGGAUUGGCAAGCCAUCGGAAGUGUUUUCAUUCGGACUUCUUUGCUUCUUUGUGAUCACGGGAGUCGAAUGGCUUCACCCCAACUUCGACGAUCUAGAGACGGACCCUGAGCCAGUGAUACUGUACAAGUUACUUACAGCCUUUGGACCGCUUCCGAAGGCACUUGUAUCGCAUAUCAAUGACGAACCAGGAGGGGCACUCAUGGAAGGUUUGUGGGAAGCUAUCGAGGAAGAAGGACUUUACGAGCCUUUCAAGGACUGGCCACAGAACAAAUUCCCGAACCUUGAUCACGAGGCAAAAGGGUUGAUUUUAAGGAUGACAAACCUCGAUCCGGCCCAAAGAGCAACGAUGUCGGAAGUCAUGGAGGAUUCCUACUGGGACGCAGUCAGAGAUCUCAGGGUUGUUGGUGCAAAGGGCAGCACAAAAGACUUUCUAGGCCAGUAUCUCUAAAUACACGCCUAAGAACGCCACUAAAAAGGUAACAAGAAGCAGGGUUUACUAUUACUGAAUGUCAUGAUGUUAUUUGAACUAUGUAUAAAUUCAUACUAUAAAGAGAUGAUUUAUCUUUUGAACGUCCU